CCGGGGUAUGGGUUGCACGUUAAAAUGCAGGCAGACUAUGGUCUAUCACCAAAAUCGUGAUGAUUCUUGUCUCCCUACCCCUAUCCCCUCGCGUCUGGUUUCCCAAAGAUCAUGUCUUCGAGCCAGUUAUUCGUGCAUCACCCGACCAGCCAGAGUCAAGCCAUACGCGCUUUGACCUACGGGAUGGAGGCCGCGAAGCGGCAUGCAACUUGGGACAACAUUCUCCAGACAGCCUAUCUCACCAUCGCCAGUGUCGUCGUCUACGGCGUGUGGCUUGCGCUCUAUCGAGUUUUCUUCCAUCCGCUGGCAAGCAUCCCAGGACCCAAACUAGCAGCAAUAACGACGUGGUAUGAGAAGUACUACGAUGUCUUCCUCGGCGCCCAGUACUUCCGCCGCAUCGAAGAGAUGCACAGGCAGUACGGCCCCGUCGUCCGCAUCAGGCCCGACGAAGUGUCGUUCAACGACCCGGACUUUAUCGACACGCUGAGCCCCGUGGGCGGGAGGAGGACCACGAAGCCGGCACUUGUGGGCCUGAGAACAGGCAUCCCCGAUUCCAUCACGGGCACCAUCGACCACGACGUGCACCGCAGGCGGCGCAACGCCAUCAGCGGCUUCUUCUCGGUCGCCAGCAUCCGGAGGCUCGAGCCGAUCAUCACGGCGCACAUGGAGAAGAUGUUUGGGCGGGUCGACGCCAGCAUCGCGGCGAGCGGCGCCAAGUCGGUCGUCCUGAGCAUGCACCAGGUCUUCCGCGCGUGCACGAGCGACAUCAUCACGACGUACGCCUUCGGCGAGAACCAGGACAUCCUCGGCGAAGACGACUGGGGCGAGUCCGUCACCGCCGGCAGCAACACGUGGCACAACCUGACGCACGUCUUUGCCGCGUUCCCCGUCGUGCUGCUGGUGAUGCGCAACCUGCCGCAGUGGGCGUUCCGCUUCUUCAUCCCGUCCCGCGAGCUGGACGACCUGAUGGAGAGGAAGGAGUGGUGGGUCAACAAGGUCCGCACCAUCCGGGAGUCGCCCGACCCGGCACACCUGAAGAGCACCAUCUUCGAGGGCGUCCUGAGCAGCAACCUGCCGGCCGAGGAGAAGACGGACGCGCGGCUGGCCCAGGAGGCGCAGCUGAUCGUGUUUGCCGGCGAGGGCACAGUGGCCUACACGCUCAACGCAGCGCUCUACGAGCUGCUCGCGCACCCGGCCGAGUACCGGCGGGCGCGCGAGGAGCUGCGCGCGUCGCUGCCCGCGGGCGAAGUCGCGCCGUCGUUCGCGCAGGUCGAGACGCUGCCCUUCCUGAGCGCCGUCAUCCACGAGACGAUGCGCCUGCACCCGGGCGUGGUGUCGCGCCAGGUGCGCAUCUCGCCGGACCAGCCCAUCGUCUACCAGGCCCCGGCCGCGGGGUUGAGUAAGACGUACGUGGUGCCGCCGGGCAUGUGCCACAGCAUGUCGACGCGCGCCAUGCACCUCAACGGCGACGUGUUCGAUGACCCGCUCGCGUUCCGGCCGCAGCGCUGGCUGGACGAUCCCACGCUCGGGCGCGCGUUUAUUGCGUUUGCGAGGGGCACGCGGAACUGCAUCGGCAAGGACAUGGCCAAGAAGUUGAUGGGCAAGGUGCUGGCGACGCUGCUCCUCCGCUACGACAUCUAUGAAGGUCAGCGCGGCCCGACGCUCGAGCUGUACGACACGACACGCGAGCGAGACAUCGAUGCGAAUUACGACAUGAUCAUCCCAAUGCCGGCCAAGGGAAGUCCCGGGUUGAGGGUAGGAGAGCACGUCUUCGAUCCUUCCAUGAGAUCAAGUUUGGGGUCCAUAACCUGGAACACACCGGAGAGUGCGGAGAAUGCGGAGAAUGCGGAGACACGGGAGAAUUGCAUCAAAAUCACCUUGCUACCAGCUAAGUUACCCUCCUCUUUUUGGGUGAGGGUGAAGGUUAGCGACUGUGUCUUGGCAGAGAAAGGUCCAAAGGCACUAACAACUUAG